UUUACAUAUAAAAAAGAUGAGUGCAAUAAUACCUUAUAAUAGUUCCAAGUGUGUGCAAUUUUGAUAGAUGAGAACAAAGUAAAUUUGUUAGGUUAUGAUGAAAAACAACAACUAUCAACAAGCUGGCCAGGGACGCGAAAUAAAGCUUCGACGUGCGCGGGCGCUCUUUCAACAAGGCGCUGCAGUGGUCAGACCCUCACGCGUUCGGCCCGCGGGCGUACUUCGCCACGGUGGCCCGGCCCGCCGCACUCACACUCGACACCGUCCAACUGGACGACGAGGGAGUAUACCGAUGUCGUGUCGACUUCAAGAAUUCGCCGACACGGAAUUUUCAAAUAAAACUGUCCGUCAUUGUGCCUCCACAUCAAUUGAUACUGUACGACAAGUCGGGCCGGGAUGUGUCGGGGGUCGUCGGCCCCCUGGAGGAGGGCAAUGAGUUAGUCCUGGUCUGCGAGGUGCGAGGAGGUCGACCAGCUCCAACAGUAAUGUGGUUGAUAGAUGGAACACCAGCCCCACAGUACAUCGGCGAGAAGACAGACACACACGUGGUAGUCAAUAAACUAGAGCUGCCACAUGUGAAGAGGAACCAUCUUAACACCACGUUCAAAUGUCGAGCAUCAAACACGAACCUCGUCAGCCCACAAGAGAAGACUGUAAGACUGGAAAUGAACUUGAGGCCCAACAUGAUCCAGAUCUUGAACAAACCGACGACUUUAUCUUCGGAACGAUACGUCAUUUUGAUGUGCGUGUGUGAAGGCAGCCGCCCGACAGCGCAACUAACGUGGUUUAAGGAUAAUAGAAAAUUUAAAAGAGGCAAGAUAAUAGAAGCAUUGAACGAGACGUGGGUGAGCAGCCAGCUGCAAUUCAUGCCGCUGCCGGAGGACGACGGGGUGCAACUCAAGUGCCAGGCGGACAAUAGCGCGCUCCCAGGACAGAGCAUCGAGGACUCCUUCAAAUUGGAUGUCGUUUAUCCUCCCGUGGUAUCCUUGUCAUUGGGCAGCACCCUCAACCCUCACGACAUCAAGGAAGGCGAUGACGUGUACUUCGAAUGCUCGGUCCGAGCCAAUCCUAAGGAGCAUCGGAUAUCCUGGUACCAUAACGACAAGCAAGUAAUCCACAACGUGGUGGCCGGAGUGAUAGUGAGCACUAAGUCACUAGUACUGCAGAAAGUGACGAGAGAUCUCGGCGGGGACUACUCCUGUCGGGCGACGAACGCUCUCGGCGAGACGGCGAGCCAAGCGACGCACCUCAGCAUACAGUACGCACCAGUAUGUUCUCACUCAUCACCGCAAGUACUCGGAGCACAACUCGAAGAAGUUCUUCGAGUGCGAUGUUCGGUCACCGCCAACCCACCAGAUGUCACAUUCUUCUGGCAGUUCAACAACAGCGGGGAAAGCCUUGAUGUGUCUCCACUGAAAUUUGGGACAGCUAACGGCAGCACCAGCGAACUGAGCUAUAAGCCGCAGAGUGAGAGGGACUACGGCACGCUUAGCUGCAGAGGCACCAAUACCGUCGGCAAGCAACUCGACCCGUGCGUGUUCCAGAUAGUUCCGGCCGCAAGACCGUCAGCCCCAAGAAACUGCUCGCUGCAGGCUGGUAACAAUACAGCGGACGGGGUGAGUUACUGGCUUCGCGUCCGCUGCGUCGCCGGGUACGACGGCGGCUUGCCCCAGUCCUUCGUCUUGGAAGCACUAGACCCCAUUACCGGCAAAACAAGAUUCAAUGGAAGCGUUAAUGAGAGCGAUGGCCAAGCCACAUUCAAAUUAGACUUGUCACAACUAUCGACCGCUGGAGACGGGGAAGGAGCUACCUUCAAUUUAUUGAUUUAUGCAAGGAACCUCAAAGGAGAAUCGGAGAAAACCCUUCUCGAAAACAUUGCUUUUAAUGAUGCAGCAAGAAGAACAGACGGCAAAAGUACAAUCGGAGGCUUAACUCUGGGCGUUGUAGUAGCAGCAACUCUAGGAGCAACGCUUGCUGCUGGUGGUAUCAUAGCAUUUGCAGCUCUCUGCGCCAAACGUCGAAGAUCACAGCCUCCUAACAAACAUCCUCCAGGAGAUAUGCUAGAGCUCAGUGAUGGUGGAAGACGAUACGUGGUGGCAUACACGAUCAAACCAUCACCUGAGCUUAAAACUCCUGAUCCACAGCCUGAUAUUUUGAAUGCACCAGAUGGUGAUAAUCAGGUGGGAGCAUGUAACAUAGAUGAAGGAGAUGAAUGGCCUAGCAUAAAGGAAGUGAGAGGAGACUGGACUAAAUCAGGAGCUGUGUUCUCAGCAGAAGAUCUUGCCCUUUUGGAUUCGGCUGAGCGGCCGCUACAGCUAACCCCUGGAAGCGACGUGGUGCCCAGCAAUAGACAAGAGGACCUCCUAAACCAAAACCUGCCUGAACCGGGAGUAGCUAGUAAUAACUUUAGGCCUAAUUACGUAGUAACUAAUAGUCCCACACUAGGCAGCCCCAAUUUCGUAUGUCCAAACGGCAACUUGGGCUCACCGUUCGGAAGUCAAACCUUGACUCUCAGCGGCCCCACGCUGAGCUCGGGAAGCCUCGCCACUUCAACGUUACAUAGAAAUAAAGGUAAAGGCAAUGUGCGGAGAAGAGAGCACGUACUAGCUGAGAAUUUACCAGGACCAGAGAGCUGCGUGUGAAAUGUGUAAUAAUUUAGCUUUUCAGGAUUUGAAUUGUGUUUUUAAUUUGCCAAUGAAGUACAGGUUAACUAUUAAUGUAGGGAUUUGUCUAGUCAAUUUUUAUACGUGUUUUCUUGUGGUCCACUGUACAUGACGAGCUACCAUUAUUAAUUGUAAGUAAGAGUUAUUUUGCCAAAUUUAUAGGAAAUAUAGUUUUUAAAACGACAAUAUUUAUGGUGUAAAUAAAAUGUAUUUAGAAGGUAAUGGAAUAUAAUAUAGUCGAAAUACCUGAUACAAUUCGUUGGUGUGCAAUAAAAUAAACACGAUACAUAUUUGUAACUUAAUGUAACUCAACAUGGACUCAACAAUAAUUUUGCUCAAAAA